UGAUGAUUGUGAUGAUGAUGAUGUCCGUGGUGAUAAUGAUAGUGUUAAUGAUGAUAAUGAUAAUAAUGGUGAUGAUGAUGAUGAUGACGAUGAUCUAAUGAGUAUUAAGGUGGAUGAAGAAGAUAAAGAUGAUGAUGAUAAUGAUUUAUUUGAAAAUGAACAAACAACAAAACAUCGAUCAACAGCAAUAACCUCGUCAGCAACAGCAUCGACUACAUCGGCAACAAUGCUAAAUCAACAACAACAACCGCAACAUCAUCGUCCAUUAAUGCCACCAACAAUGUCAACAAGACAUUUAUAUGAUCCAAAUAUGCAUAAUCGUCAUCAUCAUCAUUUACAUCAUCAUCAUCAUGGACAUUCAGAUGAUUUUCCAAAACGUAAACAACGUCGUUAUCGUACAACAUUUACUAGUUUUCAAUUAGAAGAAUUGGAAAAAGCAUUUUCACGUACACAUUAUCCGGAUGUAUUUACAAGAGAGGAAUUGGCCAUGCGUGUUGAUUUGACCGAAGCAAGAGUUCAGGUUUGGUUUCAAAAUCGUCGUGCUAAAUGGCGUAAACAGGAAAAAACAACAACAACAACACCAACAACAAUGACAAUAACAACAUCAACAACACCUACUACUAUUGGUAGUAAUAAUAAUAAUGGUGGUGGGGGAAGUGGUGGUGGACAAUCAUCGGGUAAUGGCAAUAAUAAUGGUUCCAAUAAUAAUAAUAUUCAUUCAUCAUCACCUCAUCAAUCAUUUUAUCAUCAAACUGCGCAUCAUCCGUAUGGUGUAGGUGGAAUAUCUAAUUUAAUGAUACCAACAUCAACAUCAUCAUCAUCAUCACCACCACCAUUACAUUGUACAUCAUUUAAUAAUAACGGUAAUACUGGCAGUAGUAGUAGUCAUAGUAUUAGUCCAUUACAUUUAGUACCGCCUACACUUCCGUCUCAUUCAUCAACAUUGGCGCCGCCUACUUCAAUAUCAUCAUCAACAUCAUCAUCAUCAUCAACAUCAUCGGCAACAUCAUUGCAUAAUCAAGCGAAUAAUAAUAAUGAUCCAACAUCAUCAUUAUUGACACCGAUUUCAUCCGCAUCAUCAUCGAUAAAUCAUCAAUUUUUUGGAUCACAUGCAGCAGCUGCAGCAGCUGCUGCUGCUGCUGCAUUAUCUGCUGCAUAUCGUAAACAAGCAAUGGCUAAUAUGUUGCAGCAACAGCAACCAACAACGCCCACAUCAUCAUCAUCAUCAUCAGCUUUAUUAGAACAGUCAAUAAAAUCCUGUAUGUCAAAUUAUGCAAAUAGCAAUUCAAUGCUUGGACCAAAUCUUUCAUUUGGAUUUCCAGCCACUAAUGCAUUUGCAAUGCGUGAAUUAGGUUUAGCAUAUUCACAUUUAUUUCCACCACCACCUCCACCACCACCACCACCGCCAUCUCAAUCAUCAUCAACAACAUCACCAUUUGGAAAUAUAUCACCAUUUUUUUCACCAUAUGCUUCAGCAACAAAUUCAUUUCAAAGUCUUUUAGCAUCAUUAUCAUCAUCAUCACCAACAUCUAAUACAGCGCAACAUUUACAGAAAAAUAAAUCAUUAUAUGAUGAUGCUAUAACAAAAUUAUCAAUGCAAUUUCCCACCAAUAUUAACACCAAUUCAUCAAUUGGUAAUCCUUUGUUAGAUAUACCGAAUAGUAUGGCACCAACAUUGAAUAGUCUUUUUCAUUAUCAUCAACAAAAUAAUCAACAACAGCAGCAUCAUUGUUCAUCAUCACCACCAUCAACAACAGCAAUGGAUAAUAAUCGUAUACGAUCAUCAAUAAAAUCACCAUCAAUCAAUGAUAAUGAUGAUGGAUCAAUAAUGAAAUCAUCAACAACAGCAACAGGAACAUCAUCUUCAUUAAUGAUAUUAACUGGUAGUGAUGAUGAUUCACAAACAGAUAUUAGUGAAAAUUCAUCACCAAAUCAUAAUAGUAAAAAUGAACAUCAACAUCAUCAACAACAACAACAACAUUCAUCAAGAUCACCAUCACCAUCACCAUUAUUAUGCAAUAAAGAUGAAACAUUAUCAUCAACAAACAAUGAUCAAUCAAUAUCGACAAAUUCGGGUAAAUCAUCAUCAUCAUCAUCAUCGGCUACUACUACUAAUACAAAUAUUGCUGCAACAAUUUAGUCAAUACAAUUCUAAAAAAAAUGGAAAAAAAGUGAAAAAUUCAGUAAAACAAUUACCACCAAAGCAAACAAAGCAAAAAGAAAA